AUGUGGUAUAAGUUUAAUUUUCCUUUUUAUCUCAAUAAUGACACUUCCCUCUCUCAUCUCCAAUCUCAGAGCGCACUCCACGCUCUCGAAGCCGCCAUGGAUGCAUUUCCGGCAGCUUUCUCCGGCGGCUUUGCCUCCCUUCCUCCCAGUUCCAAUGGAAAAGUCUUAGAACCCGAUACAGAAGUCAUAAAGCAGCGUCUUAUCCGCAAAGGCGUCGUCCCGACCCCCAAAAUUCUCCAUACCCUACGCAAGAAGGAGAUCCAGAAAUACAUGCGCCGUACAAAGAAGCUAAACCAGCGAAAAUCUACUCUCACCGAGGUUCAAAUGAGAGCGUUGGAGGAGGACACACUCUUCCGCAAAGCUAAAGCUGAGUACCGCGUCGUCAUGGCCGAAGUAGACAGUAGACGGGAACCCGUUGGGAGGCCGUGGAAACGAGCGAGCUGUGUUGAUAUAAUGAAGCUUGGAAGCGAAGCAGAUGGGUUUUUGGAGAAGAAGCUAAAGGUUGAGCACUUGGAGGAGCUAAGGAAGGUGUUUGUAGAAAGGAAUGCAGAAAUAUUGAGGGGUUUUAUCGAUGACGCAGACGUGGAGAGUUUUGAGAAUGGUGUGAAGCAGAGUAGCAUGAAUGGCAUGAAACGGAGGGAAUCUAUAGAACGGAUGAGCGAUGAUGAGAAGAUUCAGCUGUUGGCCAGAAGACUAAGCAGUACAAAUCUAAGCAUACAAGACUGGAAGUUCUCAAGGUUGAUGAAGUAUUCAGGGCUAUUGUUUAGUGAGAUGUGCAUGCUUGAAAUUUUGGAAGAGCUUGGAGCUCUUAAAAAUUGGAAGCAGGCAUUAUCUGUUGUGAAAUGGGUGUACAAUCAGCAAGAAUACAAGAAUCGUAAAAGCAGGUUUGUGUAUACAAAACUCUUGUCUGUUCUUGGAAAAGAGAGGAGGCAUCGCGAAGCUCUAAAGAUUUUCAAUGAAAUGAGAGAGGAUGGGCAAAUAUAUCCUGAUAUGGCAGCUUACCACUCCAUUGCUGUUACGCUUGGCCAAGCUGGUCUUGUGGAAGAAUUAAUUCUUCUAAUUGAGAGAAUGAUGCAGAAACCUUCUAAAAAACUUAGAAAUAUGAAUCGCAAAGACUGGGAUCCGUGCUUAGAUCCUGAUAUCAUCAUAUAUAAUGCCUUGUUGAAUGCAUGCGUGUCAUCUCGUCAAUGGAAAGGAGUGUCUUGGGUGCUGCAUCAGAUGAGGUUUAAUGGGUUGAGACCCACGGAAACAACAUAUGGGUUAGCCAUGGAAGUGAUGCUGAAAGCUGGAAAGUAUGACGAUGUCCACAAGUUUUUUGAAAAAAUGCAAGAAGGCCGUCUGGCUCCUAAGGCAAUAAGUUACAAAGUCCUUGUGAGAACAUUUUGGGAACAGGGUAAAGUAGAUGAAGCAGUUGCAGCAGUCCGAGACAUGGAGCGAAGAGGAGUUAUUGGAAUUGCUGCUGUUUAUUAUGAAUUAGCUUGCUGCCUUUGUAAUAAAGGAAGGUGGCUAGAUGCUACCAUGGAGGUUGAGAAACUGAGAAGGCUUCCUCAUACAAAACCGUUGGAGGUAACAUUUACUGGCAUGAUCUUAGCUUCACUUGAUGGCGGAUACGUGAAUGACUGCAUCUCAAUUUAUGAGUUCAUGAAAGAUUACUGUACCCCUAAUAUUGGAACCAUAAAUGCAAUGCUGAAAGUCUAUGGCCGCAGUGAUAUGUUUGCAAAAGCAAAACACUUAUUUGAAUCUAUUAAAAAAAUAUAUUUGCAUUCUGAAGCAUCAGCUGAAGCACUCGAGCCCGAUGCUUUUACAUUUUCCACCAUGUUGGAGGCAUGUGCUUCAGCUUGUCAAUGGGAGUUCUUUGAGUAUGUCUACAAAGAGAUGGCUCUCUAUGGUUACAGCUUAGAGAUAAGUAAACAUUCGUGGUUGCUUGUAGAAGCUUCUAAAGCUGGGAAGUGGCAUUUACUAGAACACGCCUUCAAUACAUGCUUAGAAUCAGGAGAGAUACCUCAUAUAUCGCUCUUCACCGAAAUGCUAUGUCAAACAAUUAUUCAGCAAAAAUUUGACAGAAUCAACCCUCUCCUCAAUGGCAUGGCUCAUGCUUCUCUGCAAUUUAGUGAAAGCCAGUGGUUAAGUUUCUUACAGAGAAAUAAUGAUAGGUUUGGUUUGGACGCACUGAAGCAUCUGCUGACCCAUCUUCAUAGCAGUAAUCUUGUGAUGGAACAACCAAUACCUGAUUUGUUGAGAUCACUCGAGUCUCUCUGUGGAGGAGGAACUCCUACAAGAACUGCUAUCCUUGCUUCAUCGAAGGAUAUUUCAACAGAUUAUUUGACCUUUCAAGAAAAAAAAAAAAAAGAGGAGAUGGUUCGAUCAGAGGCAUCCGUCUUGAGACUUCGUAUUGAAGAGAGAGAAUGUGAUUCUCUUUUAGAUAUGAGGUCAGAAAUACUUGUUAAUGAUUCCAUUCCUGAUCAGCUAACCGACGAUAUUUGUACUUCAUCCUCAAGGGUGCCGUUGGCAGCCGAUAUAUUACAGUCAUGGAAGGAUGACAGAUGUAAAAAUGAACCUUCCAGAUCCUUGGUUUCGGUCAGCAACUGUGCUUUGGGAGUUUGAAGCAGCUAGUACUGGCAGAUCAAGACGUAAGAUACUUUUGCAGAUCACUAUAGACGAGUCCAGAUAGAAGGAAAGCCAAGGAGCAUGAAUGACAUUCUAGCUUUUGGUGGAUUGAUUGAAGCUGUUUUGUUGGCAAGUACAAGGUACUUUUGCUGAUCACUAAGUGCUAUUUCAUAUCGAAGUAUAGAGAAGGAAAUUAAAUGAAUUUCUAGUAUUUAGUGGAUUUGCAUCGCGCUUGCCAAUAUUAAUUUAAGAUUUCAACAUUUUGUUCCGUUUACUUGUGUAACUUUCUUGAAUUUUAAGUAGCAUUUGUAGUUUUAUUCUGUU